UUGACGUCAACAAAUGCAAAACUAGCUCAUGAGUGAUUAGCCACGUCAUGUUAACUUAGCUGUGGAGCAGCUGUCAAACAAACCCAAGAAGGCUUGUACUUUAAAGCGAGUUUGAGUUAUUUUUUAAGAGCAAACUCUGUUUCGGCUUUAUUGGUUGGCAGGAGUCCUAUGGAAAGAUGUCAGACAUCGGGGAAUGGUUCCGAAGCAUCCCUCUGAUCACCCGGUAUUGGUUUGCUGCUUCGAUUGCUGUUCCCUUUGUCGGUAAACUAGGACUGAUUGAUUUUAGGAACCUUAUGCUGUUCCCAGAGCUGGUCUUUAGCAGAUUCCAGCUCUGGAGGCCGGUGACAGCCACCCUUUAUUUCCCCAUCACCCCUAACACUGGCUUCCUCUACCUGGUCAACCUUUAUUUCCUCUACCAUUACUCCACUAGGCUAGAAACAGGAGCGUUUGAUGGCCGGCCUGCAGACUACGUUUUCAUGCUCCUUUUCAACUGGAUCUGCAUUGUCAUAACUGGACUGCUUAUGGACAUGCGGCUGCUGAUGAUCCCGCUGAUCAUGUCGGUGCUGUACGUCUGGGCUCAGUUCAACAGCGAGAUGAUCGUGUCUUUCUGGUUUGGAACUCGCUUCAAGGCACAUUACCUACCUUGGGUCAUCCUGGUCUUCAACUUUAUCAUCGGAGGAUCAUUUGUGAAUGAGCUGACAGGCAAUCUGGUCGGCCACCUCUACUUUUUCCUCAUGUUCAAAUACCCCAUGGACCUGGGCGGACGCUCCUUCCUCUCCACGCCGGAGUUCUUGUAUCGGUUCUUCCCCAACACGAGAGGAGGAGUGUCAGGGUUCGGAGUUCCUCCGACCAGGAGGCCGGUUCCCCAGGAGCCGCCAGCGGCAGGCGGGGGAGGAGGAGGCCGUCACAACUGGGGACAAGGCUUUCGCCUCGGAGGAGAAUGAGCUUCACCCUAACAAACAACUGAGCAGUCGACUUUUUUUUUUCCUUUUUUCUGCCUGAGAUUUUUGCUUUGUCACAAUUUUCUGUUUUGAGAAAGAGAGAGAAAAACUUUACCUCAAGUUUGAUUCGCGUGUGUGUGUCUGUUUUGAGAGAUGCUGCAGGAUGAAACCGGAGGAAGUGUGCGUAUGUGCUUUAACCGGAACUGCUCCGCUCUGCACUGCAGGACUCGAACUCUGACCGUAGGCUCGGUUCAGCCGCUUCUGCCGCUGCACGUCUCCAGCAGAGGGAACUUACGAAAAUAAAUGUCUUUUUUCAGUGGCGACCCCGAACGCCUCCCGCUCAUUUCCGUCUUUCCUGUCCUCUUCCGUCGUUCUCCUCCACGAGAGAUGUUGCAGCUGCACACUGUCGGUUCGGACUCCUCCCUCCCUGCGAUGCCAUAUCAGAUUACAUUGUAAUUAUCACUGCCGAGUGCGCCGUCAGCCUUCCUCCAGCAGAAGAGAAUGGAAGCUACGGCGCAUAAAAAAGCAAGUAUUCACCUCCUUGGAUGUUUUGCCCUCUUUAUUGCUUUUACAAAUCAAUCAUGAUCAACAAAAGUUGGCUUCACUAAAAAAAGAAAAUCAAUCUGUCUUCUACACUUAACAUCCCCAUGAUAUCGGCUGGCUUAAUUUGACAGAUUUGGUGCCAGCAAGUAAAAGUACAAGUCAGGGGAUGGAUAUAAAAAAGCCUCAGCCGCUGAAAUGGCAGACUCCGCCUGUUGCCUGUGCUUUUCAUCACUUAAAAAGCACAGGCAAGCGACGAUGAGGAAGCCACGGCUAAAGAAAAUUCAUAUUUGGGCUUGAAUAGAGUUUGCCGAACAAUAGAAGAGCGACUCCAUGGUCAAGUAGAAGAGAGUUCUUUAGACUGAUGAGUGAAAGUGGAUUUUUUCAGCCAUCAAACAGGACACUGUUUGGAAGAUCGCAACACCUCACAUCAUGUGCAUGGUGGCUGGAAAGCUAGUAAUGGCAGAAGGUAAAACAAAUGUAGAAAAAUGACUGAGAAAUGCCAGAGAGCAAUUUGUUUUCAUCUACAAGAGAACUAAGAAGCUAAAGCGACACAGAAAUGGUUUGAAGAUGAACAGAGUGGCCUAGUCAAAGCCCAGACUUCAAUCUGGUAGUGAAUUUGCGUCGGGACUUGACACACGAUCCCCAACUGAUCCUCAGUAUCCUGACGGAAGAUUGAAGAGUUUUGAAAAGGCGACUGGAGUAAAACUGGCUGAGUCCAGCAAAAAUGACGUCCACGAAAUAACGACUUCAAGUGGUGAAUAUUUAUGCAAUCAGCUGUUUUGUAAAAAGUCAGUUUCCCACAGUCAGUUUAUUUCCACUAAAAACAUUUACUUUGUUUUUUUUCUUUUUGUCAAAAAAGUAAAAUUUGUAAAACAUCCUAGGGGGUGAAUACUUUUCUUUUUAAUAAAUAGAAACUGUAUUUAACUUGUGUAGCUCCCAGGUCUGAGCUUGUAACAUAUUUUCGAGCCUUUGGUGCAAAGAGCUGGAACUUUUUCUGACAUGAGACGAUUUAAAUAAGGUAAAAAAAAAAAAAAAAUAGAAAAAAGAGCUAUUGCUCUUCUUUUUGUAAAUACAGCACAUAAUUAAAAAGAUGAGUCUGGGUGUGUUAUUUUUAUUGUUGCCUUAAUGCAAAAUAAACUAUUAGAAUAUGUACAGAAGGAA